AUGAUUAACAACAAACAGAUUUGUAUUAUUGGUGGAGGGUCCAGCGGAUUGACCUCUAUUAAAGCUUGUUUAGAAGAGGGAUUAAAACCAAUAUGCUUUGAAAAAACUGAUAAACUUGGUGGUUUAUGGCGUUACCGAGAUGAUGAUACAGAUGAAUUAGCCUCAGUGAUGAAGUCUACAAUCAUCAACAGCAGCAAAGAAAUGAGCGCCUACAGUGACUUCCCUCCUCCGAAGGAAUUUCCUAAUUACAUAAGACUAUCCAGAAUAUUAGUAUUUCUAAGCACAAGGAGUGGAUCUUGGAUUAUUCAUCGAGUUGGACCAAAAGGCAAGCCAUUUGAUGAUAAGUAUCUUAGACGAUCAUGGAAUGUAAUUUGGCUCCACGGUCCUUACAAACUGAUGAACUAUUUAACAGAAAGACAUUUGAACAGCAGGUUUGACCAUGCUGCCUACUGUCUUAAACCAAAACAUCGCAUCUUUGAACAACAUCCAAUGAUCAAUGAUGCCCUUCCAAACAGAAUUCUGAGUGGAACCGUAACAGUUAAACCUAAUAUUAAAGAAUUUACUGAAAAUGGAGUCAUUUUUGAGGGAGAGGACAAAGAGCAAAAGGUUGACGUUGUAAUUUUAGCCACAGGAUACAAAAUUGAAUUUCCAUUUCUGGACUCCAAAAUAUUAUCUACUCAGAACAACCAAGUGGAACUGUACAAAUAUGUAAUUCCCCCGAAUCUAAAGCAUCAUUCACUUGCUAUUAUAGCCUUAACCCAGCCUGUGGGGGCCUUGCUUCCAAUCGGUGAAAUACAAGCUCGAUGGUUUGCUCUCUUGAUGGCGAAUAAGAUCCAUUUGCCUCCAUUGGAUCAAAUGAUACGUGAUGUCGAAAAAAAGAUGGAUAUGAUGAGCAAACGUUAUCCAAAAAAUCCUCGUUACACGAUCCAGGUUGACUGGAUACCUUACAUGGAUGAGAUUUCUUCUCUUAUAAAAGCUAAACCUAAUCUGAUGUUUUUGUUUUUCACAGACAUUAAAUUAUUUUGGAAAUGUUUUUGGGGUCCCUGUCUGCCCUACCAGUAUCGCCUCAAAGGUCCCCAUUCAUGGCAGGGUGCAAGAAGAGCAAUUUUAUCUCAAAAAGAUCGAAUUCUUGGAGCAUUGAAAACCGCUGAUAAAACUAGGAAACAAAGUUAUACAGCUGCUGAACAUGCUUAA